UCCGUUGUCAGAUAAAUCGUCGCAACAGUCUAUUUACAAAAAAAACCUUUGCUACUUUUUUAACUUUGUAGUUUGUAAACCGUAUACGCGUAAUGCAUUUGAAUUUAAAAUAAAAAGUGUUUCGUGAAUAUCAAAAACAUUUAUUGAGUCAGUUAUGGUUGUACUUGAUAAAUAAACCUAAUGAACGCCCAAUGAAACCUUUCAAUGGCUAGUGACAACGACAAAACUUCUGUUACUCAUAACUUGGAUGGGUCUUUAAAAAGUAACAAGAAACAAGGCACUGCAGCUGUUUUGAAAGGGGAAGGAGAAAAAAUUGUGUUGCCACAAAUUGGCAAAGGAGGGCGCCAUUUAUCAAUUCCAUUCGACUCUUCAACAACAAAUGGUGAACUAACCAAAAAACAAAAUGGUACAGCGGUUCGAACAAAUAGCCUGGGUUCCGGUGCGCGCACGCCACCCGCGGAGCGGACCAAGUCGAAAUUCUCAGCAUUCGGUAGACUUUUUAAGCCAUGGAAGUGGAAACGGAAAAAGAAAUCAGAAAAAUUCGAAGCUGCCUCUAGAACUUUAGAAAGGAAGAUAUCCGUCCGAGCCAAUAGAGAAGAGUUAGUCCAGAAAGGAAUUCUUCUACCAGAAAGUCCAGUCACGCCCGUACCCGAAGGCGAUGAAGAAGAAUACACAGAUAAUAGAGCUAGCGAGAAGGGUCCGACGAUAACAAGCAUGCACGCUGCUCUGCAAGCACAACUCGCGUCGCACGUCGCACAGCAGCAAGCGGCUCUAGCAGCAGCUGUUGCAGCGGCGGCGGCUGCCCACCACCACCAUCAGAAUAAUAAUAUCAUAGAACCAAAGAAAGACAAAUUGGAAAAUGGAGGUGAGCUAGUGAGACCCGAGAGGCCGAACUCGUUGUCGGCCGGCAAGCUUCCGAGGCGGAUAUGUUAUCAAGGAGACGGGGGUGGGUAUGGUGGUGGAAGCGAUGGAACGGACGGCAGUUCCGAGGAGCAACUUAUGCUUUCGGAAUUGCCGGAGCCGCCCAUCGCGCUAUCUGAAAUAGGACCCAUUCCGCCUCCGCCCAUGUUCAGCUCGCCAAGCCCAACACGGCAUCAUCACCAGCAUCCUUUGCCGCAUCCUUUAUCUGAUUCUGAAGAUGAAGACGACCAAGACGAUGAUGACGUGGAAACUCCAAUAGACAUGUCCCGAAUUGAGGAAAUCCCACCGAAGGAGCCAAUAUUCAACGCGGUUCCACUCAAAUCGGCUCUAAAGAAGCGACCAGCCCCUAACGCGUCACCCAAUCCCACGCCCAUCACAACACCGCUAGCACAGCGACAGGAUCACCAUCAUGCCACAUUCAAACGGCCGCCGCCGAAAACAAGGAUCCGCAUAUGCACAAACAGUCGGCCGAUACGUCUAGCCAACACUUUAGAAAAUAAGGAGAACGCUCGUCCAGUCCAAUGGGAAGGUGAACAUCGCGAUGAUUAUUCGAGCGAUUCGGAACGCGUCGCUGCGAAGCUCGCGAGGAAGGAAAGUCUCAAUAUCAAGUUGGCUUUGCGCCCCGAUCGACAGGAACUCAUUAACAGAAACAUACUGGUGGUGCAGAGUGAGCACGAGCGUCAGGAAUCGUGGGAAGCGAUUGGUGCUCGGCUGAUUCGACGACUGUCCAUGCGGCCCACUGCUGAGGAACUGGUCGAGAGAAACAUCCUUAAAAGUCAAUCGCCAGCUGAAGAGAAGAAACAGAAAGAAGAGAAGAAAAGAUAUCUUCUACGUAAGCUCAGCUUUCGUCCCACGGUUGAUGAGCUUAAGGAGAAGAAAAUUAUUCGAUUCAGCGACUACAUUGAAGUCACUCAAGCGCACGACUACGACCGUCGCGCGGACAAGCCGUGGACGCGGCUGACUCCCCGCGACAAAGCCGCCAUCCGGAGGGAGCUCAACGAGUUCAAGAGUUCGGAGAUGGCCGUGCACGAGGAGAGCAAACAUCUCACUAGGUUCCAUAGACCAUGACGGCUGUGCCUUACCUGUGCGACGAGAGGCGACACGAGUCGCGGUUAACACUUACCUGUGAUUCUAAUGUAUUUAUAUUGACUUCCUUCGGGAAGGUUCGCAAUAAUUACCCCACGACGGUAAAGUGUUGAUAAUUCUAAAUCGUUUGUACGUCGUGUGCGAGUUCUUCGAUCUAUAGUCACGGAUAGCGAGCCCCAAGGACAUCUUUAUGCUUACGACAUAAUUUUAAUUGCGAUCAGUUUAACGCCGGCACUUCUGUUAUCUGUGCCUAUAGUUACAGUACAAUUUAUUUUAAUUUUUUAGUUGGCAUAUAAGUACCUAUACAUUCUUCGACCUUCGCGCAAGGUUAGUGAUACUGUUUGAGAGAUUGAGUUUUUGAAGCUCGCGAUGUGGGUGUGGUCCAUCGAAUGAAAUGUGAUUUUCGUUUAGCCAUAGUUUAGCUAGUUUUAUUGGUCACAAUUUUGUUGCUUUGCCUUUGUGUUCGCCGUACUGUCGCGAUCCUUCGACUGUGGCGUGGCGGGUUAAAUUAAUCUGACUCAAUUGUAUAUUUCUAUGAUAUUAAAAUUGUAGGUCCCUCAAAAUUAAGACUUUAAUUGCAUUAUAACUGCAAAAAUGUUUUCUCGUAUGUAUCGUUUGCUCAAUGCUGGAAUUGCGGAAAUAUGAUGAACGAGCGGACAAUAAGACGAACAUACUAUUUCUCAAACUUAUGUGGUUUGGAAAUUAAGUAUUGUAAUAAAAAUACGUAUUAUUUACGGCCAAACAGAUUACAGAAACUUAACCGGAUCAUAUAUUCGAACCAAUCGUAUUUGCUUUUUAAUAAAUAGGGCUGUAUGAGAGCAUCGACUCGCUGACUUUUCUAUAGAAAACGUAUUUGACAGCCGUAUUAUAUAGAAAAUUUUCUUGGUGUAAAUCGAGUUUAUAACAAAUAAAAUAUUAACAUGUGUUUAAAGAGAAGCGUUCUUUGGUAAGCGGUUUUUGUAAAGCCGGCACAAUUGCUAAGCGACUUGACGUUAUAUUUGAAAUACAUAGCGGUAUGGAAACACUGCAAAAUUCAAUCUUUAACAUUCAUUUCAUUGGAAAAAAUGUCGCUCGUUUAUCACUUCGCAGUUUUAUCUCCGGCUUGCAACUAGAAACUUCGGCGGGAACAAUCUGUCGUUCUAGCGUAGGUUUAAUCUAGGUAAUUCAAACGUUGAACGAACUAAGAUAAUUGUUUAACUUAAACGUAGCUAAUUAAAAGAGUAAUCAUUUUCAGCAAUAAUUUGUUUAAACCCUUUUUUAUUAGUGAAGCUUCCGAAGUAUAAACGUGGUUAAAUUUUGAGCACAUAUUUUUAUAAAGUAUAAAAUACAUAAGUAAUUAAUCAAUAAAAUUGUUUGUAUCGAUAAAUCGUUUCGUACGUAUGAUAAGGUAGUCGACUUUACAGCAGUUUAUGGUUAAGACGCCAUUCCAUUUAGGAUAAUGUGGACGCCAAAAUGACGACUUAUUUUUCUAAACGUUUUUGUUAAACGCAAUAACGUAGGUGUUUAUCGAUAUUAAGAAAAUCUCCAAAGAUUUAAGCUUCAUAGGUCGCAAUUGCAUGCAUCUUUCACAUUUCGCAUUUGUGUGUUACCAUACAAUGUGAUGAAUUAUAGUUAUUAUUCUAAAUGUUAUUUUAAAUCAUGGUGCUGUCAAUUACCAUUAUUUUAUCGGUUUUAGUUUUAACACAGAAAUCGUAACAUCUUGUACAUAUGGACAGAAUCAUGUAGAAUUCAAUUUUAUCGAUAAACAUUGUAUUUCUAUAUGUAUAGAGUAAACGAUGUACAUUAUGGAAUCUCCUUAUUUCCUCUUAUAUCGCAAGUUUGAAGUUGAGUACCACAGUAAUGUACUGCUUUUAUUUUUACAUUGUAUAAAUUAUUAUUGACAUAUUGUAAUAAUUAGUUAUGUAUAAUGAUAGCCAUAAAAUUU